GACAAUCAACACUUCCGGACAUUAUCUCAAACUUUAGAUCAAUUGAGUGUCCAAAACAUCACUUCAUGUUUUUUCUAUGGAUUACAUAUACGACUGAAGAGUCCAUCAAAUGAUCAACAAAUGAGACAAAGAUAUGAAACACAAAAAGUGAAUCAAAGUAUUGAUGAUAACAGCGAUGGCGUGAAUGAAGACAUAUGUGACAACUCGUGUGACAGCAAUGGUCUGGAGUUGGGAUCAGAUAUCAAAGGAGAACCGGAAGGUAUAGAACCGAUGAAUACAACUAAUAAUGAAAUGAACACUCAAUUCAAUACUGAUUUAUUGAUAUCUCAAUCCAUACCACAAGAUAUGGCCGACGAAGACAGUAGUGAAGAGUCGAUGAGAACGACACCAACGAUACAAUCGAUGUCUGAAUACUUGAGACACAAUAAGUCCGAAAGAAAGAAAUGCUUUAAUGUAACCAAAAAUCUAUUCAUUUGUCCCAUCAAUGAGUGCCACAAGAGUUACCAAAAGGACCGCCAGUUUUUGCAACACUUGUACACAUUUCACGCCCAAAGGCAGCACAUCUGCGCUCACGAGGGAUGCGGUAAAGGGUUUAAGACAAACGGCGGACUCACUGAGCAUAUGCUGUCCCACCGGACGGUGCGAUCGUAUGCGUGUCAUUACGAGGGUUGCGAUUAUCGCGGUGUCAGCGAUCGGGUUGUGUACAAACACAUGAAAUCGCAUACAAGUGGCCAACCGUUUCGCUGUCGGGUCGACGGCUGCGAUAAGUCAUUCAAGACAUCCCACGGUCUUAGGGCUCACUCGCGCUUACAUCUGGACGAGCCUACCAUCGCGUGCGGCGCCGACGGCUGCGACGAGUGGUUCUUUAGGGCCGACCAACGGCUCAAACACCAGAUCGAUGUCCACAAUAGGCGGCCGCCGACGCGAAAGACAAAGCAGCGAAAGCAGCCGUGCGAUUGGCCCGGCUGUAAGUGGACGGGUAUACACCUCAACGGCCAUAAGCGUAGGCAUACGGGUGAGCGACCGUUUGUGUGCGAUUGGCCCGAUUGCGACAAAACUUAUAAAGACAGCCGUCGACUACGGGAGCACAAGAAUGUGCACAACAAUGUGCGCCCAUUCGUGUGUCAAUGGCCCGGAUGUGAGUACACGACCACCGCUUCCGCCUAUUUGUUUAGUCAUAAAAAUUUACCUGGCAAAAACUUCGGCGGUAUGUCGUGUGAGGCCUGCAAAGGAUUCUUUAGGAGAAACGCAUUGAAAAAUAAUGAAUUCAUACCGAGUGAUGAGGAAAAGGAGCUGAAAAGAGUUACAAAGUUGCCAAAUAAUAAUACGACUACUUUGGACACAGACUUCUUGAGUGAAAUACUGGAUGACAACAAUUUCAGUGUCGAUGCACUCAAUGAACAGAUUAUAGACAUUGAGACCAGUAUUGGCGCAAAUGAUAGUCAAAUAAACAAUAUCUCAACAGAUAAUCAACAAAACAGUGAUAAUUAUACGCAAAACUCAUUAACACAUUAUUAUUCACCGGAAAGUAUCGGCGAAAAAGUAGUGUCGGGGUAUGAGAUGCCUGUCAUACCCAUCGACCGACCCAUCGAUGGCCACAAAAGUGAUUUUAACGAGAUUGAAAUCUACAUAAUCACUGAACUGAUCCAAUCGACUGAAUUUCGAUCAUUCGGCACAAAUUCUGUGUUUAUCAGUGAUAAUAAUGGCUUUAACUUUAUAUUUGCCGAAAAGUUUGACAAUUAUGUGCGAAAUGUAACCCAAGCUGUGAAAGGGUUGACCGCAUUCAACACCAUCUGCGAAGACGACCGCAUCUUACUAUUGAAGUACAGCUGCAUUGAAGUGAUAUUCUUGCGGUCCAUUCUCUGCCUCAACGAUACCGCCGAUUAUAUCAAACUUUAUAGGAUGUAUCCAAUUUUGGUGUUUAACCCAGAUCACUGUAACCUCACCCAUAGAGCUGUUGUCAAACUCCAACAACACAUUUACAUGCAUUUACUUCAACGCUAUUUAUUACUGAAAUAUCGGUCAGAAUCGGAGGCAAAGACCCGAUUCUCGCAAUUCAUGAACAUUUUGACGGAACUAAACGUCUUGAGAGACAUCCAGAGGACGCAUACUUUGGAUCAAUCACUGAAUGUCACACCUCUUCUACAAGAAGUGCUCGAUUUAAAGCCGAGCAAUCUGUGGCCGAUUCUCAACCAUCAU